CUGAACCAGUCACGGAACAUCCUGGCCAGGAAUCUCCGUUCGUAGAAUAGUAAAACACGGCAAUCACCCAGCGUUGGACAAUAUUUUCGUCAGGACACAGUUCCCUCAAGUCCUGGUUGAUGAGCCAGUUCGCUGCCAUUCCUUGGGGUGUGCUUACGUCAUCAAUGGUGGACAGGUUUCCUAYCGAAUCCAAAACUUCCAUCAUUUGUGUGACCCUUUCCUCCGAUGUAAUUUUGCAGCCUCCAAGGGUAGGGUUAAGUGAUGGGCUGGAGGUAGGUGACGAAGCGUUUUCUUCGCUCGURCCCGCAGAGUCGGCAGUUGAUGAAGAAGGAAGAAUUGAAAAUGAGGGAGCCGAAGAAGAUGUGCUUAAAAUGAAAGUUGUACCAAGUGUGGGUUCAAAGGUUGUAGGAACAAAAGUUGUCGGAACAAAAGUUGUGGGGACAAAUGUGGUAGGGAUUCCGGUAGGAUUCUCGCUGGGGCUCUCGCUUGGACUCUCGCUUGGACUCUCACUUGGACUCUCACUUGGACUCUCGCUGGGACUCUCGCUGGGACUUUCACUUGGACUCUCGCUCGGAAUUUUGGUUGGGUUCUCGCUUGGGCUCUCGAUAGGAAAUUUGCUACCUUCAAUGAGUGUUGGCGUAUUGGACAGCGCUUCAUCAUCGGUAGUUCCAUCAGAGUCUGAGACCGUCGGUGCGAUGAAAAGAGAGGGACCAUUUGAUUCCAAUGCACUUGGUUCGAUCGAUAAGAUCACAGUCKGAAACUCACUGGGGGCCAAACUUGGCUGAUUUCCCAACUUAAUGCUGAAACCCGCUUCCAAGYUCAAACUAAUCAGAUCGUCAGAGCUAUCCAGCUGUAAGAUUUCGUUUCCCUUUGCUGCCCGCUUUGGUAGCAUACUCGGUAGAUCGUUACUGUAAGCAUCAUCGGGUGAUUCUGUUUCCGUUUCCCUAGCUUCCGCAUUCUGCUGCCAGCUCGAUAGAUCGCCWAUGUUUUCUAACCGCAAUAUAUCGCUUUGCCUCGCUUCCCCAUUUCGUAACAAACUCGCCAUAUCGUCAGAUUUCACGUCAUUACUGAUGGAAUCGGUUUCGGUUUCCUGUGCUUGCUCAUUUCGAAGCCAGCCCGACAUAUCAUCGACAUUAUCUAGCACUAGAAUUUCGUUUUUCUUUGUACCAUUUCGCAGUGAAGGCUCUGCUAGAGCAAUCGAAUGGAGAAAACCAAACGCAAAGAUGGAAGCAAGAAGGGUCGAGGAUAUCAUUGUCGAUCGGAUUGUUUUUGUGUAAUGGACCUAUUGAGGCAAGUGGUUWUUCUUAGUCGGAGAAGAUUUUUGUCACAAUCAUUCAAUUUUAGAAAGGAUGGGAUUGGAUUAAGGCGAGAGCAGCGCCCUACCCCGUCGAACAAAAUCAACUCCAUCGGAUGCUUCUGGUCAUCCAAUCCCAUCAGAAUGAAUAAUUGAAUACACGAAAU